AUGGGAAGUAAGAUAAAUUUUAUAUUAUAGAUUUAUGUGGAGAAGAAAGAUAAGAAUAGAAAUCAUUAAUGAAAUCUAAGUUAUGUCUAUCCAAAAUUAUAGGAAAAGCAUUUGUACAAAUACUUUAGGGUGAUAUUUUAUCAGAAUCAGCAUCAGCCAUAUGUAAUUUCAAAUUGUUGAUUAUUAUUAGUAAAUGUUGCUCAUGAUCCUUAUUCUGCUCAAUUCAUUAAAAUUUAAACGUCAUCAAUAAACACUAGACCAUAAUGUAAAAAUAUAUAAUAUUUUUUAGUAAUUGCAGGAAUACCAACAAUUACUCCAUUUCAUCAAAAUGGAAUAUAAUUUAUAAUUCAUUUGAAAAUCCCUAACAACUUUGUAUAUAUAUUAAAAUAUUAUAAGCAUAUCUAAGAUUAAGAAGAUUAAAUACAAACAUUUGUUGAUGCAUUUGAAUUGGCUAAUUCUAAAAAUAUGGAAUGUAUUUCAUUCACAGAACCCCCAAAAGAUAUUGUAUAGAGUUUAAAAAAAGAUGUUUAUGCAAAAUUGUUAUUAUCUGCAUUUUAAUUUUUCAUUAUUAAUUCAUCUGAUCCAAAGAUUACUUUAUUGAAAAUAAUAAAUUCAGACUAAAAUACAACUAAUAUUUAUAUGAAAGAAUUACUAUAAAUUGCAAUUAUUAGCACAAAAUAAAGUUUUGAUGUAGAACAAAAUAACAAUAUAAAAGAGUAAUCUAAAAAAUAAUAUGAUUAAACAACUAUUCAACCAGUAUUUAUAAUUACAGAAUCAAAAUUAAAUUUAUAAACUGUGUAAUAAUAAUCUAUCCAAGAAUAAUAAAAAGAACUAAAACAAUAGGAAUUACUAUAAAUAGAAAAUGAAUAGAAUUAAAUUAUUUAAUAAUAAGAUAUAAAAACAGAAAAUAAUAAUUCUGAAAUUCAAUAAAAAGAUCUAUAGGUUUAGGAUAACAAAUUCAUAGUUGAAUAACAAUAAUAAAUUAAUAAUGAUGAAUUUGAAUAAAAAAAAUUUAUAGAUGAUUACUCAAAGCUUUUGAUUUCUGAUAUGUUGCAAAAAUCGAUUGAAAAUAUAUAAAACUUUAGUUGA